ACCUACCAUGCGAACAAUGCAAUAUGCAUGUGCUCAACGAUGUGCGUUUGUCUCUUGCUCAACGAAGAGUAGCAACCACUCUGGGAGGAAAAUCCCAAGUGAACAACUCCGGAUGAAGCUGAACAACUCCCCAAACACAAAGCGAUCAAGGGGAAGAUGUGCGUUCCGCGUUCGUCUUUCUUCACCGGCUUCGUCGGAUUGUCCGGAGGCGGUCUCGCCCUCCUAUGCCGCCAUGGCAAGCGCCACGUCGGUGGCUGACCAGGCAGAGAAGAAGGAGGAAGUGAACCAUGAAGUUGGGAUGAAGAGGGCGAGCAAAUAUAUUGCUGACCAGAUGUUGGAGUCCCAGCAUCUCAAAGUGCUCCACCAGACCUUGUCCACCGCCUGGAAUAGGUCGGGCCAAGCCCAGUCGCUGCCGGCAGUGCUUGCACUCAUGGGGCAGUAUGGAGUGCAGCUCAGUCCAGAAGAGGUGGAGAAGAUCAGGGUCAUGGAUCAAGAUCAGCAGAUCGCCGCCCUGGUGAACCAGAUGCCGCAGGACUCACAGGAGCAGUUUCAGCAGUUUUUCCUGCAGCUGCAGCUCCUGGUGUCGACGGCGAUGCGGGUGCGCGAUGGCCUGGAAGACGGAGCCGUGGAGAAGGUGCAGAUGGCCUUGGAUGAUGCCGACAGCACGGGGGUCACACAAGAGCUCCUGAGGAUGGCCAUUGUCCAAGCGGGCAGCGAGGCAGCCCUUCAGAUGAAGGAGUAUGAGGCCUGGUGCUUGCAAACCGAUGAGCAGAUGGGCCGCUUGAUCCGCGGCCAGGAAGAGGCCAUGGCUGCCAAGAAGAAACUGGCGACCCUGCAGGGCGGACUGCAGCAGGACCGCCAGGAGCACUCCGAACGGGCCACUAAGGUGUGCAUGAACUUCGUGCAGAACGACACCGCCUUCACCACCAACGCUUGCUUCCAAGGUUGGGUCAUGUGGGCCAAGCGCUCCAGAGAGGAAGCGGCCCUCAGCAAGGACUAUGAGGAAAAGAUUGAACGAGUCCGUCGCAAGACGCAGGGCUACAAGAAGAGAUCUUUGGCAAGCCUGCGUGGUUUAAUGGAGAAGAAGGCCGUGGCGCGGGAGGCGGAGCUGGUCUCCGAAGUGCUCAAGUCCUGGCACCACGCAGUGAAAGAGAAGAAGGAGACCGAUGCACUCGCGGUCCAGGUGGAUGUGGUGAACAAGCGCCUGGCGUCGAUCCAAGGGGCUCAGAAGGAGACGACGAAGCGAGUGAUGGAUCGUAUGAGCUCUGCAGCCAUGGUGAAUUUGAUGUCUUUGACCUUGGAAGGUUGGUACGAAGAGGUCAAGGAUAGCCAGAAGCGCCGGGGUGAGCAUGAUCUCUUGGCACAAACUCAAGCGCGCAUCCACGCCUACUUGAAGGACAAGAACGAAGCGUCCUUGAAGGUGUUGAAGAUGGCCUUGGGUGGCAGUGAGACCAACAUUGCGACCCAGGCAUUCGCUUGCUGGAAGUCAGAAUCUGAGAAUGCCAAGUACCAGGCCGAGUUGGAGGCCAUCAUGAGGGAGAAUCAGGAACGAGUCAAGGAAUACAAAGAGCGCCACCAUGCGGCCGCUGCCUCGGCCAUGAAGCGCGCGGCUCGGUUUCAUGAAGAGGGCCUCAUUUUGGAGAUCUUUGCGCACUGGAGGAUCGAGAGUGCCAUGGAGAACACGGUCGCCAGGCACGAAGGACGUGUGGAUGCCAAGAGGCAGCAGCUCUCAUCCAUUCGUCAGAAACUGGAAUGGGAAGGAGACUUGAGUGUCUCCUUGCGGCGACAGCACCGCAUGAAGUUCCAUGGCACAGACCCGUCAUCGAACUUCGAGCAUGUCCGGACAGAUGAACAGGACCGGGAGAACCGUGUGCGGGACCGCGAGCGGGAUAUUGAGAAGGAAUACUCCUAUCGGCUCCGGGAGUUUGAGCGGAGCGAGGACAAGCGGAUUCGGAACUUGAAGCAAGAUCUUCGAGAUCUAGAGCCUGCAUCUGAGCCGACGGACCGGGAGAAGCGAAAGUUCGCCGACCGGGACCUCGACUUCCGGGAGUCUGAUGUAAAGGAAUGGAAGCGGCGGCGCGAGGACCGGGAGAAGGACCGGAAGCGCGAACAGGAGAAGGAUGCGGCCGACCGUCUCGCCGAAAAGGAGGAGGCUGAGGAGGCGAAAAGAAAGAAGAAGGAAGAAGAAGAACGAAAGAUCCGAGAACAGAAGGAGGCGGAAGAAAAGGCCCAAAAAGAGGCCGAAGCCGCGGAGAGGAAGAAGCAGGAGGAGGAGAGGAAGAAGCAGGAGGAGGCAGAUAGAAAAGAACGCGAGGAACGAGAAGCCAAGGAACGGGCUGAAAAAGAGGCUCGCGAGAAGGAGAAGAAGAAGGAGCAGCAGGAUGCCGCUGCCAAGCUGCUUCAGUCCGUGCAGGAUCACCAACCUGAUGGACGUUGUGGCCGCCCCCCUUCAUUGGGAUCAUCACUCUUGAGAAAUGCCAAGAAGAUCAUCACUUGUGGUGACGAGAGCAACGACGGGAGCAUGGCUUCAGGGAGAGAUGACAUGGUCAUUUGGGGUGAAUGUUCCUUUGGGAUGCUCAAGAAAAGAGAUUCAUGGAACGGAGUUUUUCUGACUUUUUGGGUUCAAAGCAAGUAGCAAAUAUGCAGCACAUAUGCAAGUGUUCUUUGGUUGCUUUGACUUUAGUGAUUGAUAGUAACAAGAAAGCUACUAGUAGCAAGGUGCCUUACUACUAGUAACAAGUGCCUUACCAGCAGUAACAAGAAGCUAUUCAGCUCAAUUAUGUCAUCCGUCUUGGUUUGCUGGGCCGAUGCGUGAGACAGGCUGAACAGUGAUUGUCAGCCGCACCUGAAGUAGAGCAUCCGAAAUCCGAACCACAUCUAUGUCCGAAAUGCAUACCACAUAUGGCAGCGGGCAAUAUAUUCGUCCAUAUUUAAUAUAUACGCUCUAUAUGUUCCAUCAUCCUUUUUGGCCCCACGAGAGUGGCUUUUCAGUGACCAACCCAAGGUCCAGAACUUCCCGCUUUUGGGCGACGCCAGGCCGAAAUUCUGAGCACUCCUGUCCAGACCUUGGAACGAACACGACGUGGAACACGUGUGGAGACACGACGUGUGGAGAGGUUUCCCCCACGUUAUUGGGGUUCUAAACCGUAGUCCCUCCAGCAGUUUUGUUUUUUGAAAGGAAGCUUUCCGUGGAUCGAACAUGGGAUUUCGUUUUUUGCAAGACCAUAGUAAUAUCGCAUCAUCUUGAACCAGGGGACCUUUUCAGAACAAUCGUCAACCACCUUCUUCAGAAAGAUCCUGCGGUUCCAAAACGCUGCCAUGAGGACCUCUUGGUGGGAUCUCUUGUUUUGGUUCCAUCUGACCACUCCCGGACUUGACGACUCCGACUUCGGAGCGGAACAGGAACGGAAAAGGCCCGACUUCGGAGUGCCGUUUCGCCGCUCCACCCAAACAAGAGCUGUACACAGGAGAUUCGGACCCAAACAUGACUCUUCUUCAAUCACCCAGACUCGAGGUUGAGCGCUUGUUUUAAACUGCAGCCCCUAAUCAGGAGAGAAAACCUAGGCAAGUCGGAAGGUCAUGGUCAUCGGAUUUACCUCUUAAAGCUGACAUGCAUGUAAAGUCUUUGGAACAUGCCGGAGACCAUGCUUGGUUUGGUACCUGGAUAGACACAUUGUCCAAGUAAUUUUCAAGUUUAGUGAGAUUCAGAAAGGUUUUAGAAUUGAAACCGCAUCUUCGUCUCUCAGCGGACCUUUCAACAAGUGUGUUGCCGUAUGUUGCCACAUCGAUCCCCAAAGAGAAAAAUAUGUCCUUCAAAAAUAAAUUCCUGCAAAUUCAGUUCCGAGAAUUCCGAGAAUUCAGGUCCGAGAUUC